AUGCACAAUCAUCAUUCGGCUGCGUUUGAUGGCAAGAAAUCUCCUCAGGAAUUGGUUCUGCAGAGACCAUUGGCUGAGUGUGCAUCCACGUUGAUCGGGAUGACGGUACUUGCUGAAUUACCGGAUAGUAUGAAGAAGACUUCUUUGUCGAGAUUCGUGGAAGCAGCUUACUUGUAUCCAGAAGUUGGUGGCUUGACCCAUGUGGUGAGUUCACUGGUGAAUGGGACGCCACAUCACUAUCGGGCGAAGUCGAUCAAGCAUAUCACUCCUCUGAAGGUUGGGGUUGAGCAUUGUGGACAUUUGCUCAAGGCCUAUGAUCCUAGCGAUACGUUGGCACCGCCCAUCUUGAAAGAGUUGGAUGAUGGGAUACCUUCUAAAGUUGAGGGUGAAGUCGACAAAGCCUUUGAAGGAAAGAAGCGUGGAAAAGCCAAUCACAAUGCUGCUUGCAAAUGGCGGUAUGAUAAGUGGUUGAAGGACCAACGUGAGAGGUUGGUUGGUGAAGGGGAGCAAGGGUCGGUUGAAGGUGAACCUGGAUCAGGAUCGACCGCGGCUCCGAAGGUUUCUUCAGAAGCGAGAAGCUCUGAGGAUGCGGGGGUGCCUAGUGCCAGUGCACCUUCGGUGAAGCGUCCAAAGACCAGUCAUGAGAGUGCAGGUCUGGAAGGUGAAGAGCCCUCAGCGGCAUCUAAGCCAGAUGUGAUUGAUGUGGAGAUGUUCGAGGAUCCGAGUAUUCCUUAUGAGCAUAUUACAGAUGAGGAGAUGCCUCCGGGAUAUUUUGAGCCUAGUAGGGUUCCCAGGCUGUUGGAGUCACUUCAUCCAAGAUUGGAUGCUCCAGAAGGUUUUACCAGUGCCUGUGAGGAGUCUGGUGCGCCAAAGUUGGCUAAAGUGGUGAACGCGGUUCUGAUUGAGAAGAACACUGUGUUUCCAGAGCAGGUCCAGAUGUGUGGAUCGAAAGUUUGGUUGGCCAAGAUGAAGAGUGCGUUGUCUGAGCUGGAUGGGUGUCCAUUGGACGUAUCGUCAGCUAUGGAGGACGCACAUGCGUUUGCCAAGAAGCAUGGGAUCAGGAUCAUCCCUACCCGAUGGGUGCUUGGACCCAAGGCUGUGAACGGGAAAGAGGCAGUGCGCGCACGGUGUGUGGUGCAGGAUGCCUUGCGAACUCUUUUGGCCAUUGCUGCCAAAGAUUCGAUGGAUAUUUUGCUACCCUGGAUGUCUGAUUAUUACGCCCCGGCGUAUAUGAUUCUUGAUCAAGCAAUGAACGGAUUGAGAGUCGCCGCGAAGGCUUGGAACUUGAAUAACUUGAAGUUGGCGAAUGUGGUGAAGAAGGUUGGGUUGAAUCACUGCCCUACUGAGCCAUCGGUGUUUGAGGGAACUGUGAAAGGAAAACGGUUUCUCAUGCUCUGUUAUGUGGACGAUUUGAUCUUGUGUGGAAGCUCAGAUGCCAUUAAGUUGGUCACGGAUACUUUGAACCGCGAGCUUAAGAUCAAGGAAACGGGUCGCAUCACUCCGACUGGAGGAAGAAUUGUGUUCUUGGGAAGAGAGAUUGAGAGGAAUGGUGAGCAUCUUCGGAUGAGAGUUCCACCGAAGUACAUGGAAAGUUUGUUUGAGACAGACUUUUGCAAGGACCUGAAGGUGGUGAGUAGUCCUCCGGAUCUUGUGAAGAUCGUUGAAAAGGGUCGCGCUGAUCCUGAAAAGGAUAGCUUGUUGACGGAGGCUGCUGCGAUGCGCUAUCGAGCAGUUCUUGGUAGGGUUGCUUGGUGGGGCCAGUCUCGUCCAGACUUGGCUCGUUGGAUGUCGAUUCUUUCCCAAGGCCAGUCGAAGCCUACGGCUUGUUUUGAGCAUGCGUUGAGGCAAGUGAUUCGUUUCUUGAAAGGCCAGUAUCUUUGUUGGUCUUACUUUGGUCCUGGGAGUGAGGUCCCAGACGGCGGAUCUGCCACGCUUGAUGUGUAUGCGGAUGCAAGUUGGGCACCGCAAGCUGAACUUCGAGCGAUCUUGACCGCUGUGCAAGAAAGUGAGGGAUUGGCAACGCUGAUUGGACAGUUGGCAGGGUCCAAGGUUGAGAUUAGGAUUUGCGGAAUUCGGUUUUCUCGCAGCGACUCUGGUUCAAGCGCCACGCAAGCUAGCCCCUCUGCGGAAGUCGUACCUUUGGUGAAGGACGACAUGACGGAUUCUCAGGCGGAUACCCCGAAGGGAUCCGUGGAGGCACCGUACUGGUGUAAGCAAUGCAAGUGGCUGUUUAAGACAGACCAUUCCCAUGGACUGGGAUGGACGGAUGAGUACAAGCCCAGGUGUGAGAAGUGCCAGGGUGUGAUAAGUGUUUGGGGAUCCAAUGCCUCCUACGCCUUUCAUCUCCGAGAGGGAGAGAAAGAGAAGCGGUUUGCGAAAGGCAGCAAAGGGGAAGGCAAGUCCUCCCAGUGGGUGCAAGGCGAUGGUGGAAAAGGUGAAGGCGCCAAUCCGGGUGAGAGCCCGAUGGCGAAGGGUGCACCAAGGCCUGAGGGGCCACCAAGUGUGAUGCCCUUGUUUCCGGAGCUCAGUGGGAGUGAGGUGCCAGCGUGGUACACAGAGCUCUGGGAGAAGCUGGGUGUUCGAGGAGUCCCUCUUGAUCAGAUGGAUCUCCAACCUUUGGUGGAAUCCUUGUCGGGUGAGGAUCUGGAGUGCUACAAGAAGAGCUUUGAGAAGCUCAGCCACCCGAACUAUGAGGUGUAUGAGCAUGGGGAUCCGAUGCCUGGCAAAGUGGUUGCCGUCCUGGAUAUGAGAUCGCAGUAA